UGUUCAUCUACUGCAUUGUUGAUGCAAUAAACAAUCCAGUGUGGACCAUCACAGAAUAAAAUAAACUAUUUUCUAAAGUGUAACUGUACCAUCUUACUAUAACUAAAAUGUCAAGAUGCAGUUGUGCAGAACAUGUCAGAAAACUGACACAGCAGGUAACAGUCAUGAGAAGAGAGAUUAAAAACCUCAGACAGCAGAUAGAUGGAUCCAUCCGAGCCCAUAAGAAGCAGAUGUCAUCUCUUCAAUCCAUGCUGACAGAUUGCAUGAAACACGACAGAUUACAGUCAGUUAGCAAAAGUCCAUCUCAGAACCCAAGUGGGAUGAAUCAGUUAUUAGAGCAAGGACGUAUUCAUACUCUUCCCAUCGGAUACAUCAGUUCAUGUUUUGCAGUCAAAAAUGGCACGCCACGACAGCCCACCAUAUGCAGUUCCUCUCGGGCCAGCUUGAAGAUUGACCCAUCCGUCUUCAAUAACCCUGAGCACUCUUUAAUUGGGCUGGAACAAUACUCCCAUAUCUGGAUCAUUUUCCUCUUCCAUAAGAAUGGGCAAAUGAGUUGUAAAGCCAAAGUGAAGCCGCCUCGUCUAAAUGGCCAGAAGGUGGGGGUGUACUCCACCCGUAGCCCCCACAGGCCUAAUGCACUGGGACUGACUUUGGCUAAGCUGGAGAGAAUCACAGGAGAUACACUCCACCUGUCAGGGGUUGAUAUAAUCGCUGGAACACCUGUCCUGGACAUCAAACCAUAUAUUCCAGACUACGACUCUCCUAAAGCAGCGACAGACAAGGCCGAUAGUGAACACAGACUAGCAUCAUGCACAGACCCUGUGAUUGCCCAGGAGAUGGAGCUAGAUGAAGAUCCUGAACUCUUACAGACAUCAUCUGAGCCUUCCUCAGAGUCGUCUUGGUCACAGAGGUCUGGAGGCAAAGAUGUGACUGAUGUGCUAGCAGAGGUGAAACACUACCUGACUCACGGGCAGCUUUUCUCUGAAAAUCCAGCUGAGGACAUAAACAUGGGUGCUUCUGAGUGCAGUUCAGCGAGCACAACCCCUGCCAGUCCAUCCAGGCUCAGAUAUGGGCCGGAGUCCUACAGUACUAUUGCUGCCUGGGUCAGGGCACCCCCUAUCAGUCCCCUAGAUGUGCGAUUUACUGUGAGUGCUGAGAAGGAGCUCCUAGAGUUUGCUCCAUGUGACAGUGCAGACAGCAAAAGGCCAAGGUUCCAGUUCUUGAAAGGACGUGACGAGGCGGUGUCGGCCAUCUGCAGCAUUCUCUCCGCUGACCCCAGAUCAGUAUAUCGUCGCACAAGUUGUCAAGACCGUCUGUUCUUCUUCACCCUGGAUACAGCUGACAUCACCUGCUGGUUUGGAGAUGGCUUUGCUGAGGUCGUGAGAGUCAAACCCGUGGAGAGUUCAGAGCUCACUGAUGUUAAAAAAACCUGAAUCUUUCUUAUUGUGGUCUCUCUCUCUCUCUCUCUCUCUCUCUCUCUCUCUCUCUCUCUCUCUCUGUGUGUGUGUCUGAUAACACUUCAAUAUUGACUAUGACAGGAAAUGACUCUCGGACCAGAAUGGCCAUCAAGUUAGAGAGAUGGGAUGUGCCAGGGCUCUGAUAUAAAAAUGAUAAUUCUCUCUUUGUUUACUCACCCUCAUGCCGUUCCAAACCUAUAUGACCUAUAUUGACCAAAAUGGACAUACAGGUAGCAUGAAAAUAUAAAAGUCUGAAGCGAUACUAUAGGUUUGAGUGAUAGGCCAAAAUGAGUCCUUAUUCACUAAAAAUCUUGACAUCCACCCUAGCUCUCCUUGGCACGUUUAUGAGAGAAACUCAUUCACAUUUUUUCACGCUUGAACUAUUCUGUUGGUUGAGGCAUCCAGGAAGAGCACAUAUACUCACCAUUCUGAACAAUAAGUAAAUCAAUUUAAAGCAUAUGUUAUUUAGAGUGUAACCACUUACAUUCUUGCGUGAACACGUUUCAAGUGCUGGAACGCAUAAAGGAGCUUCUCUCCUGAUUCGCUAAUGUCAAGUGUAACUCAUACGUGAGAAGGGACUCAAAUUGUGGUCUGUGUUUCACCCAAACCUAUCAUACAACUAUAGAAGGUGUAAUAUAAUCGUAUGGAUGGAUUACUUUUAUGCUACUUUUUUUCCUUGUUGGAGCUUGAACGUUUGGAUCCCCAUUAACUUGCAUUAUAUGGGGAAAAAAACAGCUUAGACAUUCUUCAAAAUAUCUUUGUGUUCCACAGAAGAAAGCCAUACAGGUUUGGAACAGCAUAAGCAUGAGUAAAUAAUUGUCAUUUUAGGGGGAACUAUUCCUUUAAAUGGGAAUAACAGUUUGAUAGUGACAUUUAGACGUGGUGAUACACAGCAGGAAGAUAUUUGGGGGGGAUUUUAGAGGCAGCUGUCUCGAAUGCAAACACGCGUGACUGAGGGAACGGCCCUGCUCUUGCUGUGCUGUCCUCAUGAUGGUGAGUCAUAGGCUGUGGGUUUAGCCACAUUAGUACUGGUGCAUGUGGUUCAGGUACACAACUUUGGCCAAGCUGUUAAUUGACCUAUCCUCGACUAGAGUGGUUGCAUGUCUGGACAGCCCCGUUACGGUGCUGAGACAGUGCUGAGAUGGGCACAUUGAGAACGGUAUCAUCCAGUCAAGUCUCUAAGCUUCCCAAUCUGCAGGAAUCAAAACUACAAACUUGCAGCAAAACUGUUCCAUUGUCACCUGAGCAUUAAAGGGGCAGUUCACCCAAAAAUGUAAAUUCUCUCAUCAUUUACUCACCCUCAUGCCAUUCCAGAUGUGUGUGACUUUCUUUCUUCUGCAGAACACAAAUG